UCUCCUGUCCUCCGUCUUAUCACUUGUUCCGAGGACGUAUGAAUGUGCUGUGCUGUCCGCCGUGUUUCCGUGGCGCAGGACAAGACGGUCGCCACGCCUUCAGGGACGCACUUCUUCACGGCGUCAGCUCUUCACCUGUGUCCGCUGUUCACCGGUGGAAACCUGUCCAGAGCCAGGACAUUUAACUAUCGACAGACAUUUCCCCCCACCUACACCAAUCAAGACUGUACCUCUGGAGUCCGGCUCUACUUCUCCCACCGAUACCAGUUGAACGGGCUGUUUUGUAAACUCUUAUUAAUUUGGGAAUAUCUGGAACGGCAGUUUUAUUGAUUUGACAUCGAAUACAAGUCGGGUCAAAGAUGGGGAUCAAGGUGUAGUGCUGACAGGAAUGCCCCAGACUGUGUGCUCAGGCACCAUGUUCACCACCCCCAGUGGCUUCAGCCCCCAUCUGGCCUGUGCUGAGCCGGAGGAGGAAGAGGAGGCCCCACAGGAGGGCCCGGGGCCUGGUGCUUGCCUGGCCGAUGGGCCCCCGAUCACCUCCGCCUCCCUUGACACCCUGAUCCAUAACCUGGUGCCCACUGCUGAUUACUACCCAGAGAAAGCCUAUGUGUUUACCUUCUUGCUGAGCGCUCGUCUGUUCAUCCCUCCUCCGGAGCUACUUUCCAGGGUGUGUGAGCUGUGCAUCAAACAGCAGCAGCUGGAUCAGAGCCCACUCGAUACGGCAAAAGUGCGCAAGUUUGGUCCCAAGAUCCUGCAGCUGCUGACAGAGUGGACAGAGACAUUCCCGUCUGACUUCAGGGACGAGAAGAUGGUCGGACACUUUAAAGACAUCAUCCACAGGAUAGCUCCGUGUGAUGAGGCUUACUGGAAAACCCUGAACCAGGUGUUGCAGAAGCUCAGCCAGCGAUUGGCCCUGAUGAGUCAGGGGGAAGAGAGGAGAGGAGAGGUAUCCCUCAACGCCUCCUCCAUUUCUGACAAGCUGGUGGCCUUCAAAACCAAGCCUCCGCCCAUUCAGAAGGACAUGCUCUCCAUCUGCAAUGACCCGUACACACUGGCACAGCAGCUCACCCACGUGGAGCUGGAACAUUUGAGACAUAUUGGGCCGGAGGAGUUUGUCCAAGCCUUUGUUCAGAAAGACCCACUAGAUGGAACCCAGCCAUGCUUCAGUGACCAGAAGAAGAAAACCUCCAACCUGGAGGCUUAUGUCAGGUGGUUCAACAGACUGUGUUACCUGGUGGCUACUGAGAUCUGCAUGCCGGCGAAGAAGAAGCAAAGGGCCCAGGUGAUCGAGUUCUUCAUCGAUGUUGCAAGGGAGUGUUUCAACAUUGGAAACUUCAACUCCCUUAUGGCCAUCAUCUCCGGUAUGAACAUGAGUCCUGUGUCACGUCUGAAGAAGACUUGGGGUAAAGCCAAGACUGCCAAGUUCUUCAUUCUUGAGCAUCAGAUGGAUCCUACAGGAAACUUUUACAACUACAGGACAGCUCUGAGGGGGGCCGUGCAUCGCUCUCGGACUGCCAACAGCAACAGAGAACGGAUUGUGAUUCCCUUCUUCAGUUUGCUGAUCAAAGACAUUUACUUCCUGAAUGAAGGAUGUGCCAAUCGGCUGCCCAACGGCCACGUCAACUUUGAGAAAUUUGUGGAGUUGGCCCGGCAGGUCGGGGAGUUCAUGACAUGGAAACAGGUGGAGUGUCCAUUCGAGGAGGAUCGGGCCAUCCUACACUACCUCCACACUGCUCCCAUCUUCAGCGAGGAUGGACUUUACCUUGCAUCCUAUGAGAGUGAGAGUCCAGAGAACCAGGUAGAGAAGGACAGAUGGAAAGCACUCAGGUCUAACGUUCUGGGAAAGACAUGAGGCACUGACGGCAGCUGACCCUCCCACCAGCGAGGGAGCGUGUGUUCUCAUUGCACUAAAAUGAACUGUGAAGGAACCUAGCUGGUACUUAGGUGUUUUUCUAUGAAGA